AUGGCGAUGGUGGCCACCUCGUACAUCACAGGCCUCAAGGACUUCCUCGUCAAGGGCCUCAUCUCCCUCGCGAUCGUCUUCGCCACCAUACGUGCGCAUUUCGCGAAAGUGGCAGCAGGACUGGAGUCGGCCGGCCUCUCCGUCCUCUUCGUUUUUUCCCUUUGCCUGACACUCGGCGCGUUCAUCUGCGUCUCGAUACAACGCGGGUACUGGUGCCAACUUGGUGACGAAGAAAAUGGGUUGGGUGUGGGAGGGGAAAGGGUGGCGGAGGGCAGGGCACGGUUCCGACUCGGAGUUUUGCCUGUUACAUUCCAUUGGCGGAAGGAUGGUCGGGCUAGGAGAUUAAGCAAGUCUCGGCGGAAGAGUGGGGCGAUUCGGUUGGAAGAGGCUGCCGAAGGGCGUGUGCUAUCUGAUCAGGAUUAG